ACACCAGAGCGCCCCUUCCCAAACCGGAGCCCCUUCCUGGGAGCUGUGCUGCCCCUGCACCCUCCACACGCCCAGGAGAGGGAGGAAACCAAGAGAAACAACCAGGAAGAGCCAGGAAAACCACCAGGAACAAACUGUUGGUGCCCCUCACCUUUGGAGAACACGGGGGUUUGGCCCGUGAGCUGCUCCAGCACUUUGGCGGCGCGGGUCAGCCGGUCCCCGCUCUCCCCGACGCAGAUGUUGAGGCAGAGUUUGCGGAUCCGCAGCUCCCGCAUCGGGUUCUCCUUCUCACCCUGGUCUUGCUGCGGAGAAACCACACCGGCGGGGUGUGCUGUUGGUUUGUGGCCCCAAAUUACCUGGCUGAUGAAAAGUCCAACUGCAGUGGGAGCAAUAAUUCCUGUGACUAUGCCAAAGGAGACAGCUGCUGCAACCCGAUGAGCAUGGGCUACGUUCAAAAGAUGGUGGAGAAAAAAAUACCGGGGAUUUACGUUCUGUCUCUCAAGAUUGGAAGCAACCUGAUACAGGACAUGGAGAACAGCUUCUUCAUGAACGUGAACGAUCAGGUGAGGGAGGUUUGCAGCCAACUCGCCGCGGACCCUCACCUGAAGGGAGGCUACAACGCCAUGGGCUUCUCCCAGGGAGGCCAAUUCCUGAGGGCCGUGGCCCAGAGGUGCCCUUCUCCUCCCAUGCUCAACUUGAUCUCCAUCGGGGGACAGCACCAAGGCGUGUACGGCUUUCCACGCUGUCCUGGGGAGAGCUCCCACAUCUGUGACUGGAUCCGGAAGACCCUGGAUCUGGGAGCCUACACAAAAGCUGUUCAGGAGCACCUGGUACAAGCAGAGUAUUGGCACGACCCGCUGAAGGAGGAGGACUACAGGAAAAACAGCAUCUUUUUGGCUGAUAUCAACCAGGAGAGGGGCAUCAACGAGACCUACAAGAAGAACCUGAUGGCUCUGAAAAAGUUUGUGAUGGUGAAAUUCCUCAACGAUACCAUGGUGGACCCUCCAGUCUCUGAGUGGUUUGGGUUUUACAGAAGUGGCCAAGCCAAGGAGACCAUCCCGCUGCAGGAGACCUCGCUGUACAAGGAGGAUCGCCUGGGGCUGCAGGAGAUGGACAAAGCAGGGAAGCUGGUGUUCCUGGGGGUGAAAGGGGACCACCUGCACUUCUCAGAAAAGUGGUUUGACACCACUAUCCUCCCCUUCCUCCAGUGAAGCUCCUGUGAGAGCACUGGGAAGGGUUUACUGCUCUAGUUAAUGCUACUGUGCAACAGCAUUUUGUGUGUCCAAGCCUGCAGGGAUCUGGGGAAAGGGGAAGAAGAGGGGGUUUAGCUCAGCACUUCCACAGCAGUGGAAUUCCUGGUGUAAUUCCAGUCCCACACGGGUAGGCUGAGCCUUGCACUGAGUCUGACACACUCCAUCCUGCACAGGGCCUGGCAAAUCUGCUUCAGCUCUCAGAGCUGUGGCCAGUCUGGUCCCUGGGUGAUGCAGAAGGAUCAGCUGUGCCAGGGGUUUGUUCUCCAUCACCUGUUCCUCGCAGGACACAAUGGCAGUAUUAACCCAAAUCACUAGUGCAGGGAUCAGCAAGACUUACAUGGCUGUAUGCAGGGGAAUUAUAUUACAGCCUGUCCUUCAGGAUGGGGAAAAGGGCCAAAUUUAGGUGUUUCUGGGGAAAAAGGAGGGUUUGAAAUUCAGCAGGUAUUAACAUCUUGGACAGUUUUCAACUAAUGGCUUGUUUUAUGCACUUUUGUACAACUGAAAUCAAUAAAGAACUUUACAUCUAACCAACUAAAAAA